GCGAGAGCAAGCUCCCUGCCUUCCUUUGCAGCGACUGUUUACUCCACUUUCUCUGGGAGCCGGUAUUCUUCCCUCUGUGUGAGUCAUGGAAGUGAUUUAGGUGAGUGGAGCAGUGCGGAGCAGCAGGAGGAAGCAACAGAUCUGCCUGAGUGUCUGCACUGUGGCCAGGAGUCCAUGCCAAUCUCCAGAGCCAACACAAGAAACCCCUCCCACAACAUUCCAACUGAUCGCGUCAGCAGCGAUCAUGAGGCUGAUAUGGAAGUCUGUGGACAAGAUGAGGUGUUUCAGGAAGAGGUCAAUGUUCCCGUUUCUUGGAUUCCUCAUCACCUUUCUGCUCUUUUUUAACCUUUACAUGGAUGGUGGAUAUGUGCUGGAGGCUGAUAAAAGACGGCUGGGGGAGACACUGAUGCAUCCUGCAAACUCUGAAAGAUAUGUCCACACAUUCAGAGACUUAUCCAACUUCUCUGGGACCAUUAAUGUGACUUAUCGCUAUCUGGCAGGGACUCCUCUGCCACGGAGAAAGUAUCUUACCAUUGGUUUGUCAUCUGUCAAGAGGAAAAAAGGGAAUUAUCUACUUGAGACCAUCAAAUCCAUCUUUGAUCAGUCCAGUUACGAGGAACUGAAAGAGAUAGUGGUUGUGGUCCACCUGGCCGACUUUGACCUGGUCUGGUGUGAGAAUCUGGUUCAGGAAAUCACCAGGAAGUUUGCUCACCACAUCAUAUCCGGACGCCUCCUGGUGAUCCAGGCACCAGAGGAGUAUUACCCGUCGCUGGAUGGAUUGAAAAGGAACUAUAACGACCCGGAGGACCGUGUCCGUUUCCGCUCGAAGCAGAACGUCGACUAUGCGUUCCUCCUCAACUUCUGCACAAACCUUUCUCACUUCUACAUGAUGUUAGAGGACGACGUGCGCUGCUCCAGGAACUUCCUGACAGCCCUGAAGAAGGUUAUCACUUCCAGAGAAGGCUCCUACUGGGUGAUGCUGGAGUUUUCCAAGCUGGGCUACAUCGGGAAGCUGUACCACUCCAGAGACCUGCCACGUCUGGCUCAUUUCCUGCUCAUGUUCUACCAGGAGAUGCCCUGUGACUGGCUCCUCAUUCACUUCAGGGGUCUGCUGGCCCAGAAGGACGUGAUCCGCUUCAAGCCCUCGCUUUUCCAGCACAUGGGCUACUACUCAUCUUACAAAGGAGCGGAGAACAAACUGAAGGACGACGACUUUGAGGAAGACUCCAUAGAUAUUCCUGACAACCCCCCUGCCAGCCUUUACACAAACAUCAACGUCUUCGAAAACUAUGACGCAACCAAGGCUUACAGUAGUAUAGUUGAUGAGUAUUUUUGGGGGAAACCUCCCUGCACUGGAGAUUUCUUUCUCAUAAUCUUUAAUAAAUCAACUAAAAUCAGCAGAAUUAAGAUAGUUACAGGUACAGAGGAUCGGCAGAAUGACAUUCUUCAUCAUGGAGCUCUUGAAGUGGGACAGAAGUCUGUGGAAACUAAACAGGGAAGACAGUGUUCAUCAUACAUCACAUUAGGGGAGUUUAAAGGUGGAAACAUUGAGGUUAACAAUGUGUACCACAAGAUUGGCUUUGACAUUGAGUGUGUGCGAAUAGUUAUUACUGCCAAUCAGAAAGAGUGGCUCAUCAUAAGGACUAUCAGCUUAUGGACGACGCAGCCUUUGAGCCAGUUAAAGAAGUAACAGAGGAUGUUUUGUAAUGAUCAUCAUCAGUAUGUAUUGUGUUAAUGAUGAAUGCACUUCAUUUUGGACCACGGCUGUUUACUGGAUCUAAAACAAUCCAUAUUUUUCUUGGGUUGUUCAUUGAUCCACUGUACUGUACUACUUUUUUUAUUGGGAUGUAUCAGAAUUACCAACAUGUACAGUGUGGAGGCUUUAUACUCACGUUAAUUUUCAGAAAAAUCUGUACAUAAAAUUGUUCACACCUGGCUGCUUUCAUUUGUCCUUCUUUCCAAGCAUUUAAAUGGGAACUCCUCAGAACCAGAGCUUAAAAAACAACAAGCUUCUCAUAUAUACGUGAUGUUUUCUUGGUUCAGUCCAUACCCAUAUCUGCAGCCAGAGACAAUUAAUGAAUAGCUGCCUCCGAUUUAUGAUCCUAAGUUUGAAAAUGAAUGAGGAUGGAUUCAGUUUUGAGGUAAAUAUCUGUUUGUACUUCUAAAAUUUACCAAGCAUAUGACUAUUUCUAUAUCCAUAUACUAUAUUUUGUUAGAGUGGAUUGUGAGAGCAAGCAUCAACCUGAUGACAAGAAAAACAUGUCAUAUCUUAUCCAAAAGUGUGAUCAUCUUACUGCAUGUUUAAAAGAGAAAUCUGCUGGGGAAGGUGACUCUUCUCCUGCAGGUCAACAAUGAAAUUGGAGUAUUCAGUAGGAACAGACGAGCUCAGCAUCAGAAAAACAACUUCUCACGAUGAUCUGUGUUCCUCUCGCCAAACUGUAACAUUUCUUUCAUGAUUAAUGUCUUGGAUUGUGUCAACAUCCUUCACGGCUUAUUUUGACAUGUUGAAUGCAUAGACUGUAAAUUACAGUUUUUCUCCAUUGCUUCGGCUCAUUUCACGAAACAGAAAUGACAUCAUGACAUCAAAACAACACGUGCAAACCUCCAAACCACUGGGCACUUGUUCACAACAGAUUGGAAUAUCUCAUUCCUUUAAUCAAAUUGCAAUUGUAUUAGCACAUCCUUGCAGCUUGCACAAAUUUCAAAUGAUUUAGCACACCUUUGCAAACGGUUAGGUACAAUUAACUUCAGUUAGCCCAAUUACCAUUUUAAUAUAUAUUGCUGGUCAGAACAGACUGUCGCUUCUCAGUCAAGUGGUCGUCCUCUGCAGAACAUGUUGACAUAAUUUCAUUGUGUACAUCAUCACCUGCACAAUAGUUCACUCCACUGUCAAAAUCGUACAGGCACAUUAUACCAUGAAAAACAUCAUGGUAUAUACUGUAAUAAGGAUAUCUUUGAUCAUCGGCUUAAUUUUCAGGUGCAACUAGAACUUUAGUAAUCAAGGUUGAGUUUCACACAUCUGAUCACCAAUCACACAGUAAGUUUACAGUUUUUCUCAAUUGCUUUGGCUCAUUUCACGAAACAGAAAUGACAUUCUCAGAGCUCUAAGUGCAAUUGGCAAAAUAGCCCAUAUGGUUCAGCACAACUACAUGAUCACCUUCAAAAGGUCAUAUAUCACUAUACCAAAUUUUAGUUUUGAUGUGCUUAUUGUUUGACAGUAUAUAGUGCUGUACACAUUUUCUGUUACUGUAACCAUGAUGUAUGGCAAUUACUGUAACAAUUUCCAUGGCAGUAUGAG